AUGAGAUAGAAGGAUAGACAAAAGAGUAAAGGGAAAUACUUGAGCAUAUCAAAGGAACUAGUUUAAAUAGUGGAUGUUCAUGGGGGACCAAAUUGUAAGAAUUGGGGAUAAGUUGCAAGACAUUUGGAAGCUCAGGUUGGAAUAAAGAUUGAGAAGGCCUACAGAUUGAAAAGAGCAUGGGAAUCUUUUGUUGAUUACAAUGAAAACAUGUCUAAGGAAUAAUUGGCCACCCUAUUCGAAACAGCGAUAAAAACAAGGGGCAAUAUGGAUUAUGCAAAACACGAAUUCAAGAGAUUGACAGGAAUCUAAUUGUAUUCAACUCGAUAUGCUGAUUAUGUUAAAACGUGGUUGAAACCAGGGUUGUUGGGAUUUAAGGAUUGCUAUAUAUUUUCAGUGGUGAAGUCGUUAAGGAGAUCUGAUUUCUAUUAGAAACAUACAAUGAUAUAGCCAAUAACGGUGUUAUCAAUGUUGAGAAUACUGGAUCACGACAUAGACGAAUACAAAGAUGAUUACUUUGUGAGAGAUUUCAGGGAAAGCGCAAUGAAGUUACAGGAGUUAUUGAAAUGCUAUGCUAGCUGUUUUUCAGAUUCAAGAGAGGAGAGAUAUAGUAAGUUCUCCAAGAUAACUACGAGACAUCAAUUUAAAAAGAUCUACUUUUACUUGCAAUUGAUGGAGGAGUUUAGAAGGAUCAAUAGAUUCUUCACUAAUCAUGCGAAUCAAUUAACAUUUCAUCCGAUGCUAUACAAGACUAUUGAGCAAAACAAACAAUGCCCAAUUUAUAAGCUGACUCUGUUAGAAAAUGACUAUUCCAAAAAACUCUAAUUAUUUAAUGAAUCUAAUAAUAAUGAGAAUGAAUAGUUUUCGGUUCUUUUGAAGCCGAAGAAAAAACGCAAUUCUUAGAAAGGGAAUGAUGAGGAAAAGAAUAAAAAGAAGGAGCAAUAGAAUCCGUAUGUUUAUCAAUUGGAGGAGGAAGAUUUGGUAAAAUAGAUAAAAGUGCCAAAGAAGGUGAGUGAAACUAAGAAGAAAUACAAGAACUAUCGAUAUUUUAGAGGACAUUUUAUUAGAGAAGGGUAGUAUUAAUGUAAAGGAUUGACGACGAAGGACUUUGAAUAUGAUGUUCCACUUGAAUAAUGA